AUGGACGCUUUCUCAGGAUAUAACCAAAUCCUCAUGAACCCAGACGACAGAGAGAAGACCGCUUUCAUAACAGAUCGCGGUAUCUAUUGCUACAAUGUCAUGCUGUUCGGACUGAAGAAUGCUGGAGCGACCUAUCAACGGCUCGUCAAUAAGAUGUUCGCCGAUCAGCUCGCAAAAACAAUGGAAGUUUACAUCGACGACAUGCUGGUCAAAUCCCUUGAAGAGAAGGAUCAUGUGACCCAUUUACGCGACUGUUUCAAACAGCUCAAUUCGCACAACAUGAAGCUCAAUCCGACGAAGUGUAGGUUCGCGGUAACAUCUGGAGAAUUCCUCGGAUACUUGGUGACCCGACGAGGUAUUGAGGCGAACCCGAAGCAGAUCCUCACAUUGAUCGAAAUGACCUCACCAAAGACGAAGCGAGAGGUACAAAGGCUCACAGGACGUGUAGCGGCGCUCAAUCGUUUCAUCUCUCGAUCCACAGAUAAAUGUUUGCCUUUCUACGACACUCUGCGCGGAAACAAGAAAUUUGAGUGGGACGACAGAUGCGAGAAGGCUUUCCAGGAGUUGAAGGAAUAUCUGGCAAACCCGCCGAUAUUGGCGAAACCAGUAGAAGGCGAGCCACUUUUCCUUUACAUUGCCGUGUCGAGAACCGCAGGUAGUGGCGAACAGAGACCUGUUUUUUACGUGAGCCAAUCGUUGGUCGAUGCAGAAACCCGUUACCCGCAGACCGAGAAGCUCGCGCUUGCCAUCGUAAUGUCAGCUCGGAAGCUACGACCGUACUUUCAAUCCCAUACAAUCAUCGUCCUGGCCUCUCUACCAAUGCGAGCCAUCUUACACAGUCUGAGCCAAUCCGGACGACUAGCUAAAUGGGCGAUCGAACUCAGCGAGUAUGACAUAGAGUACCGAAGCAGAACCUGCGCAAAAUCCCAAGUUUUGGCCGACUUCUUGAUCGAAUUGCCGACAGAGGGGUCUAGCGAGCAACACACCAGCGCAACGUGGACUUUGCAUGUCGAUGGUUCGUCAUCCAUACAAGGAGCCGGAGUGGGAAUACGCUUGACGUCACCAACGGGCGAGAUCCUAGAGGAAUCGCUGCGACUCAACUUCCGAGCAUCCAACAACGAAGCAGAGUAUGAAGCAUUGAUCGCCGGACUCAGGCUAGCUCUCGGUAUUAACAUCCAGGAGAUUCGAGCAUUUUGCGACUCUCAACUCGUCGCGAACCAGUUCAGCGGAGAAUACGCCACUAAAGACGAAAGAAUGGAGAAGUACUUAGCAAUCGUGAAAGAGUUGGCUGCAAAAUUCACUAAAUUCGAGGUAACGCGAGUACCCCGUGGCGAGGACACGCAGGCAGACGCCCUAGCUGCGCUAGCAUCCACGUCCGACCCAGACCUCAAAAGGAUAAUACCGGUGGAAUUCAUUGAACGACCAAGCAUCGAUGUUCCCGAGCCAGUUAUGUCGAUAACGUCAACGCAACCCGAAGAAGAAGGCGAACAAGACAAUGGCAUAGCUGACAUGGAGAUAGACGGAGAAGUUGAAUAUGGCUGCGACAAAGAAUGGAUGGGCUCGAUCCGAGCAUACAUACAUGAUGGCAAAAUCCCGGCAGAGAAAUGGGCAGCUCGCAAACUCGGAGCUCAAGCAGCACGCUACGUUGUGUUAGACGGGAACUUACUCAAAUGGCGAUUCUCCGGACCGUUGCUCAAUUGCGUCGAAGGGAAGGAUGCGCAAAAAAUCAUGGAAGAAGUUCACAGCGGCUCUUGCGGAAACCACUCGGGCGGACGAGCCUUGGCAAUCAAGAUUAAGCGUCACGGGUACUACUGGCCGACGAUGAUCACGGAUUGUGAGAAGUACUCUGCCAAAUGCGAGAAGUGCCAACGACACGCGCCGACGAUCCAUCAACCCGCUGAGCUGCUAUCAUCCAUCUCGGCUCCGUACCCAUUCAUGCGCUGGUCGAUGGACAUCGUGGGUCCUUUGCAUCCGUCGAAGCAGAAGCGAUUCUUGCUGGUGCUAACAGAUUAUGUUUCGAAGUGGGUGGAAGCAGAUUCGUAUGCCAGCAUAAAAGACGCUCAAGUUGAACAAUUCGUUUGGAAGAAUAUCAUAUGCCGCCAUGGAGUUCCGUAUGAGAUCGUUACUGACAACGGCUCGCAGUUCAUUUCAGCUCGUUUCGAAGGAUUCUGCGAGAGGUGGAAGAUUCGACUCAGCAAAUCCACGCCGCGCUAUCUGCAAGGAAACGGUCAAGCCGAAGCAACUAACAAGACAAUCCUCGACGGUUUGAAGAAACGGUUAGGCGAGAAGAAGGGAUGUUGGGCAGACAAACUCGAAGGAGUACUUUGGUCGCACCGAACCACUCCGCGGCGAGCCACUGGAGAGACACCGUUCGCGCUUGUUUACGGGACAGAAUGCAUAAUCCCAUCUGAGAUACAUUUUCCAGGAGUUCGUCGACGACUUUUACCGGAGCAAGAAGGACUUAACCACCUGAUGCUUCUUGACGAGCUAGACUUGGUGAACGAACGACGCGACCGUGCACUAAUCCGCAUCCAAAAUUACCAGCAAGCAACGGCUAGGUACUACAAUACUAACGUUCGAAGCAGAAGAUUCGGAGUGGGAGACCUGGUCCUCCGGAAAGUUUUCCAGAACACCGCCGAACUAAACGCAGGAAAGUUGGGCGCGAACUGGGAAGGUCCCUACAGAAUCACCAACAUCGUGCGACCCGGCGCUUACAAAAUCGAAACUCUGGAUGGAAAAACGAUACAGAAGCCCUGGAACGUGAUGCACUUGAAGAAGUAUUACCAUUAG